UUUGCCUCCCCAAUCAACUGUCUGUUUAGAACGUCGCCAUUCGAUGGCAUUUUAUUUAAUAUGAAAAUGAGUGUUAAAAUUGUGUGCGAGUGAUAUAUUCGGGCAAACAUGUAGGCAUCAGCGAUGUACCGAACUUCUUUGUAGCUAUGCCUAAGCCAUAAACUCACAUUCGGAUGGAAUCGUUCGUAAAGCAUUCACAAACAAAUCCAUAUACUUCGAUAAUGCAUCCGUCAAGUAAUCAUAUUUACAAGAAGAAAAAGUGUACAAAUCAGUGCAAAACGAGUUAAAACCGUCAAAUUCUUUAAAAUGGUAUUUGGCUGAGGAGCACACUUAUUUGUGAUGGAUCGGGAAAUUCCGAGUGUUCCCAUCACCACCUUGGCGGGGGUGGCAAGUCUAACAGACUUGCUGCCUGAAAUGCCACUACCCACCCCAUCCCCUCAAACUCUCAGCAACAAGUCUCUGCUAUUUCACCCGAGAGUGGCAGAAGAGGCACAAAAUUUGCUUGGAGUCCGGGACGAAGUUCUAGUUCCCCAGUUAGUACAUUCGUUAGUACAAACUUCAGCGGAACAUAUAGAAGUUAAAGAUAACUAUGCCAGUACUGAAACAAAGGUUGACCAACAAGAAAGUAUGCCUGAAUUACUGCGCGCGAUGCUUGAUCGUAAUCCGAACGUGUUUAGCGGCUCCGCAAAAGCAGCAACUUCGUCAUCUACACAACAAUGGAAUCACACAGGUCAACCGACGAUACCAGUGAAGGAAUCACCUUCAACUUACAACCAGCAGUCACCUCAGGGAAGUCCAAUUUCACCAGCUACGAGACUACCCAGGCCUUCCGUCAUUACCGAACAAAAAACAAUUCCUGUUGUUAAUUGCAACAGCACUCACAUAUCUAAUAAUGCAGUUCUCAACGAUCAGGAAGAAGCCCACAAAGAAACCGGAACUGCUGAACAACUUAGACAAUUGAGAAAACCACCCAAAGGUUUUUCGCCGAGUCAGACGAACGACACUUCUCAAAAGGCGCAAGAGUCUGAAGGUUCGGACUCUCGUAAGCCCCCAAUCGAAUCAAGCGAUGUAAAACCCGAAUGUAUGGCUGUGUCAGAAACAAAUUCGGAACCUGAGAAUUCUCAUCAAACCGUAAUAAAACAACCAAUUGUAAAAUUAGAUAGACUAUCCGUCGAAGAUCAAUUACUAAUGCAGAAAAGUUUAUCGAAAUUUGUUGAAACGCGACCGAAGAUGGCGAAAGAAUUAGGUAUUGUACUUUCAAAGGACGAGAAAGAAGAAUCAGAUUCGGAAUCGGACGGUGAGGAAGGGUCCGAUAAGCCGAAACGGAAGAAAGAGAAGAAACGAAACCACAACGAAAGCGAUGACGAGUUCGUUCCGGAUACGUUUUCAGCCUUAGUCGGAAGCAAUAAAAAGAGGAAAGUUGUACAUAAAGAAGAAAAACCGGAACCGAUUGUUGUCAAACCCAAAUUAAGACGAGUCGAAAAAAAAUUUGUACCGGUUUUGGAAAAAUUAUCACAAGAAGAACUUAUGGAAACCAAUACAUAUUUAAGGUUUAAUAAGUCUAUUGAACACGUUCUUAAAUCGGCGGAAGAUAUUGAUAUUAACGAAAUUGCCGAAGAUGGGAUUAUUCAAGAAGAAUAUCUUAUGAGUCGAGUAGUAAUGCAAGAACUGUGUACUGAAGCCGCUAAAUUGAAAAUAUUAGGCGCAAUGGAAAUGAUACCUACUGAUAAAUUAGUCAGGUUGUUGAACGUUUUAGAAAUAAAUGUAAGAGGUGGAGACAGGGUAUCGCCAAUACUUGAUGAGGAUAACGAAAGUCUUCGUCAGUUAUGGCUUGAAAGCACCAUGGAGCGCGUAAUGGGGGCUGCGGAUGCAUGUCUAAUAUGUCUCUACAUAAUGACGUCUCCCAAUAUGCCUAAACGAGUCUAUUUAGAAGAAGUCAUUGAUCGUGUGGUGCUUUAUAUCAAAUAUCAUUUACGCAAUACAAUUUUUCCAUCUUUUGAUUCAACGUAUAGAUUAGAUAAUAAAAAGAAAGACGGGAGAAAGAAGAAAGCAACACCAGUUUCAGAGAAGAGUAUAUUAGUUUUGUAUACGAAAAUUUCUGAAUUAGUUAAUCUAUUAGCCGAAUUGUUGAACAUCCAAAUUUUAACUGACACAUCUGUUCUACACGCGUCAUCAAUGGGAGUUUCGCCCUUUUUUGUGGAAAAUGUGAGCGAACUGCAGUUGGCCUGCCUCAAACUUGUGACAACGAUUUUCACGCGUUAUGAAACACAUCGAAGACUAUUGUUAGAUGAUAUCUUGGCUUCUAUCGCUCGUCUUCCUAGUACAAAACGUAGUUUACGAACCUAUAGGCUAAAUAGCGAAGAGCAUAUCCAAAUGUUAACAGCUUUGGUUUUACAAUUAAUCCAGUGUGUUGUUGCAUUGCCUGAUAAUCUAGCGAAUAAAAAUUUUCAUGAUAGUACACAAAGUGUAAACGUAAAAGUUGUGGACAAGGAUAUUUUAAUUAGUAGUAAAUAUGACAAGGCGGUUUCAACAGCAACGACAUUUCUUGGUGUGUUCUUGAAUAAAUGCGGUAGUAAAUCUGAAGAUAUCGAUUAUAGGCCGUUGUUUGAAAAUUUCGUACAGGAUUUGUUAUCAACUGUGAAUAAGCCUGAAUGGCCGGCCACUGAAGUGCUUUUGAGUUUUUUAGGCCGAAUGCUUGUCCACACUUUUUCAAAUAAAUCCAGCGAUAUGUCACUCAGAGUCGCAAGUUUAGAGUAUUUAGGUGUAGUAGCGGCACGAUUACGACGCGAUAGUGUUUUGUCACGAUGUAAAUUAGACACCAUCGAUCAAAUGAUAAAAGAUAUCAAAUCUGAAGAAAUGAAAGAUAGUGAUGAACAAACAAAGAAGAAGAAUUUGGGAGCAAACACCGAUGAAGAGAGGACGCAAUUUUUACAACGUGUCCUUUUGGAUUUCUUGGCUGUUAAUGCUCAAAAUGACGAAGCUUAUAAAUACGCACGACAUUUUUACAUCGCUCAGUGGUACAGAGACGCGGUUUCUGAAAAGUCUCAAUUGGCAUCAGGGGCUAAAGAUAGCAAAAAAUACUCCAGAGACAAUCAUCGAGCUAAGCGGCACAACAGAGAGAGUGAUGAAGGUUCAGAUAGUGAAGAGGAAAAGAAAGAUCAAGAGCAAGAUCACGCCGAUAAAUUCAAAGCAAUCGAAGACAAGAAGAAAUUUCUAAUACAAAGAAUACGACCGUUUCAAGAAACGAUAUCAUCAGGAAACCGCGUCCAGAUUUUUCAAACUUACAUCGACUACAACAGUGCCGAACUAAUCGCGCAAUAUUUGGCCUCAAAACGCUACUUUUCGCAAAGUUUUGACAUGUACCUGAAAGCGAUACUUAUUGUUUUGAAGGAAACUUCAAUAGCGAUAAGAACCAAAGCUAUGAAAUGUCUAACAAUGAUCGUGGAAGCCGAUCCGUCGGUUUUAGGCCGCCAUGACAUGCAAAUGGGCGUAAAUCAUUCCUUUCUCGAUCAUUCGACUUCGGUACGUGAAGCAGCUGUCGAUCUAGUAGGAAAAUUCGUCUUGAGCCGUCCUGAACUGAUUGAUAAGUACUACGAAAUGCUUUCGGCGCGAAUUUUAGACACCGGUGUUAGUGUCCGAAAACGAGUCAUAAAAAUUCUCAAAGAUAUUUGUAUCGAAUGUCCCGAGUUUCCGAAAAUACCGGAAAUUUGUGUUAAAAUGAUUCGGCGAGUGAACGACGAGGAAGGUAUUAGAAAGUUAGUAAUGGAAGUGUUUCAAAAUAUGUGGUUCACGCCAACUAAGGACACGUCUUUGUUGCGUAAAGUUAUGAACAUUACUGAUGUCGUAGCCUCUUCCAAAGAAAUAGGCCUGGAAUGGUUUGAGCAACUUCUACUCAGUUUAUUUAAGCCGAAAGAAGACAAAGAUGACUCUACAAAAGUUCAGACUGAGCCUCCAAAAGCACUACUGUUGGCAUGUCGUCAGAUCGUCGAUUGUUUGAUUGAGAAUGUGCUCAGAUUGGAGGAAACAAAUGAUAGUACGGGGUCGUCUCAGCGCUUGGUUGCUUGCCUCACCACACUUUACUUAUUUGCUAAAAUAAGGCCGCAAUUACUUGUCAAACACGCAAGUACUCUCCAACCGUAUCUCGGGUUGAAAUGUCAAUCAAGUGGGGACAUACAGAUAAUUAGUAGUGUAGCAAAAAUGCUUGAACUUGUUGUUCCUCUAAUGGAUCAUCCGAGUGAAUCGUUUUUGGCUCAAUUGGAAGAAGACGCAAUGAAAUUAGUGUUGCAACAACAAAGACCUAUUGUUAGCAGCUGUCUGUCUUGUCUCGGAGCGAUUAUUAAUAAAGUUACGCGGAAUUAUCAGUUGAUUAGAGAUUGUUUUAAACGAUACAAUAAUUAUAUGAUACGUUUCAAAGGUUGGUUAGAGGCUGAAAAUGUGAAGUGCAUCAGGGAUCCUAAGUAUAGACAGUACUUUAGGAGGGCACUUUUCACAGUUGGGUUAUUAUUGCGGUACUUUGAUUUCAAAGAUCCUGAUGUCAUUGGUGACCUGCCGAUGGAUAUUAAAGAUCAAGUAUACCAAUCAAUGAUAUACUUUUUGCAUCGUGAGGAUCUUGACAUCCAAGCUAACACAUUAAAAGCAAUUGGUUGUAUUUGUAUCAGGCAUUACGAAUUUAUGUUAGAGAAAGAAUUGAAAAUUUUCUAUCACAAAUUUUUAACAUCGGAGGAUACACAGUUAAAAAUGAGAGUCGAGGUUCUUAUCAAUAUUGAAAGUUAUUUAGUUGAAGAAGAAAACAGGAUGAUACAACAAGAUCUUGAAUGGUCAAAACGGUCGAAAGAAGAAAAUUUGAAAGAAAUGGGUGAUGUCAGUUCUGGUAUGGCAAGUACAGUUAUCCAGUUAUAUUUGAAAGAAAUCUUGCAAUCGUAUCUACACAGCGAUUUAUCAGUUAGACAAGCCGCUUUGAGAGUUAUCCAGUUGGUAUUGCAACAAGGUUUGGUUCAUCCUGUGCAGAUCGUCCCGUAUUUGAUUUGUAUGAGUACUGACUCUGAAAAAUUAGUAUCUCAUAGUGCCGAUAAACAAUUACUCGAAAUUGAGAAGAAGUAUCCUGGUUUUAUUCAUACGAAAUCUUCACUCGGAAUAGCGUUGUCUUACCAAUUACAAAAAAUAUUACAAGGGAAUGUGAUUGUACGAGGGUCACGUGUUCGCGAACCUGGCGAAUAUCCUUCGUCCUUAAACGGUUAUUUGUAUUCGAUAUUACGCAAUUCUAGACAACAAAGACGUGCCUUAAUCUUAAAUAUUUUGAAACAAUUUGAUGAACAAGUGCGGACGAGUCUAUCAUAUAUGUUGUACUUGGCUGACAAUUUGGCGUAUUUUCCGUACAUGGUGCAAGACGAGCCGCUUUUCAUUGUCCAUCAUAUUGACAUUAUGAUCUCAGUAUCCGGAACGAAUCUACUCCAAUCGUUUAGAGAGGGUUUGAUCAUGACUGAAGCUCAACGAAUGGCCCUGGAGUCCGGAAAUGACAACAGCGUCCAAAACGUAGUGUCCGCCCUCGAUGAAGAUGACGACGAUGAAGAUGCUCUAGUUAGUAGAGUUCCGGAAGAUACAAGACAAUUACAAGCUUAUCUUACUACUGCACAGGGUUGUUUACUUUUGCUCAUGUUGAAGCAACAUUUGAAGGAUAUUUAUGGCCUUAGCGAUAGUAAAAUACAACAAUAUUCUCCAUCAGAAGCUGCAAAGGUGUACGAGAAAAAUGCUUCGCGACGUAUCAACGCAUUAUUUAAUCCCAAAUGUACAAUACAAAAAUUGAAGGAGGGCAAUCCGCCUGAGUAUUUGGAUGAGGAGGGCAGGAGAGACCUCAUUCGGCAAUAUCUAGAUUUCAAGCAGUUGAUGCUGAAGCUGGAUCCUGAUGAUCCGGACGACGAGGAGAAUUCUAAGGUGUUGUCGGCCUUGAGUUCGGGCAACGUUUCCGGGGCGCAUCCUUCAGGAGCAGCUACGUCAAUUUUGACCGAGGCCGAUCAAGUAGCUUUGGAAAAUUAUAAGGAUACUUCACCGCCAAAAGUGCCCAAAUUGGUGAUUUCGAGUCGGAGGUUGGAUAGUGAUACGAAACGUACGCCUCGUUCUCAAAGAACAUCCGAAAAACUUAAAAAACAUAGACACAAAAAGAAGCGACGGAAGUUUGUUAGUUCAUCGGGUGACGAAAGUGAAAAUGACUACAGUGACCCGGAUUUUUUGGCCUAGCUGUGCUAUUAUGAACAAGUGCAGUGUACAGUGAGUUUGAGUGUAAUUUGCAGCGAAAUAAUUUCAAUUUUAAAGAGUUUUUACAGACAUUAGCAUUUCAAAAAAAGGUUUUUAUAUGUAGGAUGCGUUCAUUUGACUAAUAAAUAGUGUGUCGGAACAAUUAGAUUUUUUUGCAUCAGAUGUGGUGUCUUAUUUCUUCAUCAAAGUUUGCAGAGUUCGUCACAUCUGUUAUUAUAAAUAUGAUAGAGCUGUAUAUUGAAUGUGAAGAUCUUUGUAAAAAGUUUGUAUAGUUUGUUUAUACAUCAACUAUCGACAGAAAUCAGGGGAUUCAAGAAAAUCCGUUAAGUGAGCUUCCACACUGCAUUUUGUAAGUAUACUAAAGUCAGCAUUCACAUAUCUAAUGUUGCUUUUAUCAUACGUUUGUUUACGAUUGCAGCCAUUCAUGUAUUAGCAAAAAUAAUCAAAAGUUUCCUAAUUUUUUAUGUCAUAUUUAUUGCGUUCUUUGUAUAUCGAGCUAUAUUAUAAAUAUUAAUGAUGGAAUUAGUAAUUAAUUGUAAUGUUAAUAUUAUUAAUAUAAUUAAAAGUGUUUUGAGUGGUUGGGAGUAACAUGGUGUUACUUCAUUGUGUGCAAUUCUCGUAUUUAUUUUUUUAAUGUCUUAGAACACAGUGAGAUUGUGAAGGAAAGCUCAUUUUACGGUUGUUUCAAACCGCACAGGCAAGUAAAUAAGAUUCACUCUUGUCUGUUGAUCAUUCAUUUAGGCUAAAGGAACAGAUAGAAACUAGCAGCUUUUGUACUUUAGACUUGUAAAUUAGUCUGUCUUAUUAAUUUUGUAAACGCAAUAGGAUUGAGAAGGCCACUCAUUAUUUAUUUACUUUUCUUAGAUGAGAAGGAAAGCUGUCGCUUUCGGUUUGUGAAUAAUUAUUAUUUCUAAAGUGUUAUUUUUAUACAAAGUACCAUUACUUAUUAAAUUAUAUACCUAGAACGUUAAUAUCUAAACCUGGUCUAUUUGAAUGUAAAUUAAUUUUUGUCCAUAUUGUUUCAGGCGGUUAACAAUUUCCCGGUUUUUUUUUUCAUUUUUUGUUCACCAUAAGUAGCCUGUUUUAAAUUUAGAUUUCAUUAAGCUGUGUUACAGUAUUAGAUAAUUUAUUUAAGAUGAGAUGUUUUAUUCGAGUAAUUUAACAUGUAAUUAGUGCUUUGUUAAAUUAGGGUAUGACAUUACCUUCACCAUUUCCACUACGCUGCAAUAAAUUUCAGACUGACAAAUCGACGCUAAAUUAUUUUAACUUAUUUUAAAACUAAUUUUUAAUGCUCUGUUGUUUUUCUUUUAUUUUAAACAAGUAUCGGUUUUAAUUAUUAAUUUGUUUAUACAGUAAUGUAAAUAUGUAGUUUUAAAAACCAAAAUUAUUUUUGUACAUAGCCUUUCAGUAAUUCAGUUAUAUUGUAACUUAUUUUUUUAAUAAUUUUAAAUUCGAAAAACAACAGCUAAUUAAUGUUUUGUAUAUUUUGUUUCUAAGGGAUCAAUAAAGACUAAAUUUUUAGCAGGUUAUUUAUAGCAAGUAAUUAAUUAACCUUAGUUGUGAAUUGUUAGUGAUGUGUAUGUCCUAUAUAAUGACUGUUUGUUUUUGGCCAAACUUUUUAUUUUGUAAAUAAACAUUUGACCAAUUAUCAAACACGAAUUAUUCAGGGUUUUCUAUAUUAUAGACCUUCCCAUUUGUAACUAAAUAAAUUUAUAUUUGUAACUUU